AUCAGAUGAAGCAGGAUGUGAGUGGAGAGUGGUUGAACCCUUCCUGGUGUAGAGUAACACGCUGGGUUAAGGACACUUCCAGCUUGGCACGUCACUAUGAUUACACUCCAUGGGGUCUAGACGUGGUUGUCGCCGAGAAGGAGUUGUGUGUUUUUUCAGCACGAGACGUUGUGUGGAUACCAUAUCUGUGAAUUCUUCCCUCUAACAUGGCUCACAACAGGGAGAAGUUUAAGGACUAUGUCAAUGAGCUGGCAACAAUAAAAGUUGAAGAUGGGGAGAAGGUUCUUGUCCUGAAGAAGAAGUUCCGUCCCGAAGCAGGACCAGUAGCUGCAGUAAAGUCUGUGGGUGAUCUCCAGCGGGCACAGUCGGAACCCCCUAGCAAGCCCCCGCCCUACCCCCCAGGCCAGGAUGAUGUUGAUGGGGGCUCCAUAUCUAAGGGGCGGAGUGAAGGGAGCCUGGAUUCCCAGAUGAAGGGCUCCGUCCAUUCUGCAGACAGCAUCAGCAUCAGCAGUCUGGCCAUGUCUACAACAUCCAUUGCUUCCACGGAAUCUCAAGGUUCCGGCAAGUCUUCUCAGACGUCCACUGAGGAAGACCAGAACAUGUCCGUGCUGAGCGUCAAGGAGCGGGCCAAGCAUCUGAACCGCAUGCAGUCCGAGAGUGACCUCCUUGUUAACCAGCCUUCCAAGAAGAAGGAACCAAAAUAUGGAAGCCGGGGUUCUGGAGGAGAUGAUGAUGACUCCCAGUCAGGCACAUCAUUUGUCACGCUGGACCCUGAGGAGAGGGAGUGGAUGUUGACGUGCUGCCACUCGGAAUACCAUGACAUGAACAGGCUGCUCAGCAAGAACCCACAGCUGGCCAAACUUAAGAAUUUCACGAAUGGUUAUACGGCGCUGCACUGGGCAUGUAAACACGGCAAGGCAGAGGUCGUCAAGCUAGUUGCAUCAAAGCCUGGCGUUAGCGUCAACUCCAGGACGCACGGGGGUUACACGCCUCUCCACAUGGCAGCCAUCCAUGGUCAUGAAGACAUCAUAUCUCUCCUGGUGCAGACAUACAGAGCUGAUGCCAACAUGAGGGACUUCAGCGGCAAGAAGGCCAAGCAGUAUCUGAAGAACUCCGCCUCUACAAAAGCACAACAAUUACUUCUAAGCCGAACACUACAAUCAAAUCUGGGUUCUGGGCGUUCUCUGGAUGACUCCUUCAUGAGGACGAUGUCGUUCAGGAAAAGUCACCGCGCCAGGGCGAUCUCCUCGCUACUUCAAGCCACCUCCAGCAUCACCCGCACCCAGACGUUCAGGUCCAGCUGGGAUGGGUCGUCCGAGAACCUGAGGGGGGAGAAGUCCACGCCUGAUUCCUCCCCACCCGGCAGCAAUACGUCCUCCCCGUCCUCGUCCAGGAAGGGAUCGUUCUCCAAACCAGAUCGUGACAUGAUGCCGCCUCCCUCAGCUCCGACUCGCAGGAAGAGAAUGCCAGCGUCUGGCAGCGGAGAUAAUUUGUCCAUGGGCAGUCCGUCUGAGAAAAGUCUAGGGUCAAGAUCGGAGUCUGACCCUUCACUGACCACACAUUCAGCCAAGAUGACCUUCAUCUAGAUGCAAUACACUGCCGCCGCCAGAAGUGCCAAGCUACUACAAUAUCAAACACAGACUUGUAUCUGUAUCGUUUACUUGCAAGUUCGUGGGGCUGUGUAUUGCCAAUGUCAUACUACAAUAUGUUGCAAGAAUUACGUCUGGGUUGUGAUAUGUAUUGCAAUAUAUCAUCAUUAACAUACGAGUAUGUUUUCUUACACUUUCGUACUGCCCUUCGUUAUAAAACCAAAUUUUUACCUUACAGAGGCUUAUGAUUGAGUAGUCAAGAGGCAUGGAAACCAUGGCACCCAUUUGUAAAGCUUAAUCAAUGGAGGUAACACAGUGAAUGUAGUGGCAGAUAACAAAAUUAUUAUCGUUUCGCUGUAUGAGAAAGAUUUUAAUGUAUAUCAUUAUUCUUUCAAUUUAGCAUCAUAAACAUCCUCAGUGGAAUAUACUUAUAGUUGAGAACUUGUUCCUCAAGUGCAUUGAGAUAAAGCUUGUUAUAUAAUGGGAAUAUAAACUAAUAUGAAAUACUUGCAUCUGUUUAGUGCUGACUUGAAUGAAUAUUAGGCAUACAUGCAGCUGUAACAAAGCUAUAGUUUCCUAUUCUAGGAGGAACUUUCAAACGUCCAUUAAAAUUAAGCAAAUCGUCAUGUGAAUCAGUUUAAUCAGAAAUCAAAAUCACAUUCUCACCUUCAGCCUUUGCGAAAUGUAUAUAUAUAUCGUACAUAUGAAAUUAUCUUUUAGUUUUACAUUAUGAGAUUGCUAGGGUCAUUUUGUAUAGUUAUUUGACGUUACUUUAUGUUUGAUAAAGUCAACUAGUGUUCAGAUAUGGAAAAGUUGUAUAUACAUAUGGACUUGUACAUGAAUGUGUUCAUUAGCUGAGAAUUGCUGUAGAAAAUUGGUGAUUAUUUAUGAUGUUUACACAAACAAUAUUUGUAUGAAUAUAUAUAUGUGCCUGUGUGAUAAUCCUUUUGUGAUCAUGUUAGGGCAUUUGUUUACAUGUGAUUAUCAAUUUGUGGUACUCACAGCUAUUGAAAUGUUUUGUUAAAUACAUUGUGGCAUGGUUACCUUUGUACUGCUGAAAAUUGCCGAUACUUUUGACAAGGUUUAGACAAAUCUUCCUUGUAUUUCUUGGAUCACAGAUUUGCUUGGUCAAAUCUGAUGAAAAAAUAAAAAUAAAUUUCUUUCAAAUUUGCUUUUAUUUCAGCUAUUUGUAAACCUAAGCAUGGCAUGGUUUGGAUAAAUAGCAAAUGGAUGUGAUUGUGACUGAAGGCGUAUGCUGUUGUACUGUCCAGUUAAAAACAACAGUUCAUUGUUCACUGCCACCAUGAGGCCAUUAUUAUUAUUAUUAUUAUUAUUAUUAUUAUUAUUAUUAUUAUUAUUAUUAUUAUUAUAUUCGACAUAAAAAGCACCCAGGGCGUUCUCAAAAAUAGAAAUAGGGGGCUCUUAUUACAAUAUUAUUUUGGUGAAAAACAACAGAGUUGAAAGAUCGUAAAUUUCAUGGUUUAUACUGACAACCUGAAAUGUUAAUAUACGACAGAUAUAUUUUUUCCA